AUGCCGAAAAAGGUGGACGGACUGAUCGUCUCGAACACGACGGUGUCUCGACCGUCGUAUCUGCGGAGCGAGAGCAAGGGGGAAGCCGGGGGGCUCAGCGGCAAGCCCUUGACGAAGCUGUCCACGGAGACCAUCAGGGAUAUGUACCGCCUCACCAGAGGGAAGGCAAGUCCAGAUUCACAGGUCCCUCUGAUCGGCGUUGGUGGAGUGGGGACGGGCCAGGAUGCCUAUGACAAGAUCCGCGCUGGGGCUUCUCUUGUCCAGGUGUACUCCCUCCUCGUCUACAAGGGACCCGGCGCAGUACCGGGCAUCAAGGCGGAGCUGGCCGACCUCCUCAAGACGGACGGGUUUACCUCUGUUGCGGAGGCGGUUGGUUCCGACCAUCGACCCCCUAGAAAAACGUCUCGAAAGUGAAGGGUGCCCGCGGAAGAGAGAACCC